GAUUCGUAUUCUGCAGUAUUACAGUAUUUCGCACCAUAAAAGUUCCGUGAAAGUCGCCCAUUCUCCUCAAACUUUACUGGAAGGCAUCGUCUGAUCCGUAUCUCAAGCUCAUUCUAAAUGAUCAAUGUCUCAAAGUUAUUGGAAGAAACAAUCAUCAACUCCAGCUUACACUCACUCCUAGCCUUCUACACAAUCUACAUCACAUACAUAUAUAUUGCAAAGCAGGACUUGCUUGAACUUGUUGCUACGCUGCUUGCUUCAACUGCUGCAUUCGGCUUUCCCCGGGACCCUUGGCACUGUCAACCUCAUAAAGCUUAUCAUUUCUCGAUUUCUCUUCUUCGUUUCGGGUUUCUUCCUGCAGAUAACCUAACCGACGCAUCAGGUUUCAAGCGGAUUUUGCACAGCUUGGUCUGGAUCUUCGUACCCACUCUCCGUACAUUAAUUGUACUUUGUACCUUUCUUUUGCAAUUGCGGAUAUCAUUGCGUAUUAAAUUUCCAACUUUCUCCACCAGGACCGCUAUUACCCGCACAUGAAAGUUGGUCAGGAACAAAGGAAUACUAGACACCUCGAUUUCAUUACCUUAUAAAAGGGAAACAAUUGCUUGAGUCGCUUUCCAAGACGAGUACGUUGUGGGAAUGAAGUACGGACAGCAAUUCCAGUCGGACUCUGUGCCACAAUGGGCGCCAUACAACCUUGAUUAUGAUGAAUUGAAGAAUUCGAUAAAGCAUAAUACCACAAGAGAUUCGGGGAAAUCAAUCACUAUUCCAGGUCAUGUCGAUACUUCUCUAGUCGCAUUCGAGAAUGAAUUCUUUACAGAGUUAUCAAACCAACACGAUCGAGUCGAACUGUUUGUUAAGAGCAAGAGCGAGGAGAUUGGGCGCAGACUUCAAUAUCUAUCGACUAUCGUCCUCCGACUACUUGCAAGAUGUGCCGAAAGCUCCAAUGGGCAGAUGACGAGGAAGCGGAUGAAUAAAUUCUCCAAGUAUAACAUGCAGAUUGAGAGUUGUGGGGAUGAUCUCGCGAGAUUGGAUCGGUUUGUUGAAGCCCAGCGUGUCGCAUUCUACAAGUUAUUGAAGAAAUAUACGAAAUGGACCGGAUCUCGAACACUCAAGGAACGAUUCGAAGUUGAGGUAUUGGGCAAUCCAAAAAGCUUCACAAGACAAGAUUUUAGUUCCUUACAUUCUCAAUAUAACGAUCUCACCACGCUUAUCCGAGCUUCUACGCCAAUGACGAGCGGGCCGUCUACUCCUAGUAUGGGCUCAAGGAGAGACAGUCUCGGCCGUGCCCCAUCGCAGACACUACAGCGAUCGCCGCCUCGACAAACAUAUUGGAACGAAUACGACAACGGGAGUGAUGUCGACCAGGAUGAGCCAUUCUAUAUAUACACGGAUCCAAAUGCGGAAAUGACGUUCCCUGGUGCAGAAGUUGUAGCAAGUGCGAUUCGACGAACCAAACAAGGAAUGGGAAAAGUUAGAGGCUGGUUUACACCUCCCGGUUCAACAAAAAAUCGCGAACGUCAGGCACUAUUGGGAAAUAGCGACAGAGGAUACUUUCACCGAAGUCCAAGCGGGACAGCCAAUGGUUCAAUAACCGAUGUCGAAGACGAAGCGUAUGCCUCCUCGGCGGAUUUCCCGAACGGAUACGUUGCUCAUUAUGCAACUUUUCCCAGCGUGGCGGAUCAGCGAUUGAGUCGAUUCCAAGAACAAACUUUGUUAUUUACAAUGAUUGCUUGCUUUUUGUUUUCAAUACUAUCUGAGGCAGCAUCCACACUUCUCCUUGCAACAGGUCGACAUAAACUAAGGACGGAGGUCGACUUGGGUGCACUCACUGGUGCCUUGUUAGGAUUUGCUCUGGCUGCCGGUGGUUUAAUUUGCAUGGCAUGUCGGAAUGAAAAACUUGGUUGGGUGCACCGAGGAGUUGUGCUUAUCAUAACUGCUCUUUUAUUGAUUGGGAGUAUUGUGCUCUUGAUUAUGGUAAUUGGGAACUAAGCCUCUCAUUACAAUCUUUAGCUAACGAACUACUCAAGACCCGCCGGUAGAAACUAUCCACGAUGGCGAGCGCUCAACGUUGUAGAGAGAAAAUGGCUUACAUUAUCAAGGUAUCGUACAUACUAGUACCAUUGCUUUGCAUGUCAUCUGUCUCUCGAUUUUAGUUUUUCCUAUGUGUUUAUUGUACCGUUUGUUUUACUCUGUUUCUAGCGGGCGUAAUUUGGCGGUUGAUUCAUUUGGCAUUCAGGUGUUUAGUAUGGAGGGCAUUUGCUAGACAGCUAGAUUUGAUCGGGCAAUUGAUGGGACUAUUGCAUGGGUUCAUGGUCCUACUUUGACGGCCGAACACUUUAGAAUUGCAUUUCAACAUAUAGAAGUGUGUGGAUACUGGGAGUACGCAACGGCCGAAUAUGUGGAUGGGUUCAAUGGUUUGAGGAGAAACAAUGGAGCUGGGAAUGGAACUGUGACUGGGGGUGAGGAUUGGUGCAUUUUGUGACGGUUUUGAUGGAGUUGAGCUGGGUGGAUUGAAGUGGAGCGGAGUUUGUUGGUCAAAGUUCAGGGAGUUGGUUGGUGUGUGUGUUUCUGUACGAGUAUAUUUAGGGGAUGUUGAAUGUCACAAUCGCGCGCUGUGGCAUUUAGCGCGAUAGGGGUAAGUUAGUAUAAUAUAAUCGAAUGAAAGAUGUUGAUUCA